AUGGGCGACGCAACCGACAAACCGACUAGUGGCCAGAACGCCGACUCCGCGACUGCGAGACCCAAGCGUGGUGCUUCAAAGGAGUCUCCCGCUCCCGUCGUAAACGUAAACGACGCAAACGACCAACCCGAAGCCGUUGUCAAGACGGAAGAUCGUGACUCGGUAGAAGGCGAUCAUGGGCCAAAAAGGCGCAAAACCAGUGCGACGGGCUCGGAAACAGAUGACAAGAAAGACACCAAGGCUACUAAACGAAAACCGCACUCGAAAUCCCGUCGAGGAUGCGCUACCUGCAAGAAACGAAGAGUAAAGUGCGACGAAAAGCACCCUGUGUGUCGAAACUGUGAACACUUGGGACUGGAAUGUUCGUACAAACGGCCAUUGCCUAGUUACGCUCAGGGAUCCGGUAAUACCACCCCGACCUUUGCCCCUAUUAAUCCACACACUGUUCUGCCUGCCCCAGCCAACACAGGAGAUGGAGUACGUGGAGCACCAAACAUGGUAGACCUCAAGCUGCUGCACAACUACAUGACGGUGGCAUGGAAGACAAUCACCGCCGCCGGUAUCUCCAACGAGGAGAUCUGGGGCGUAGAUGUGCCCGCUCUGGCCUUCCAAUUCCCGUUUCUGAUGCACUCCAUUCUGGUCUUCUCAGCCUCUCAUCUCUCCUGCACUCAACAGCAGAACAUGUACACACGUGACAUUGCGUACCAUAGAGGAGAGGCCCUCGGUCAGCUACGAGAAGCAGUCCGCCAUGUCACUCCGGAGAACACAGAUGCCCUUGUGGCAGGCUGCAUUCUGCUAGGAAUGGACGGUUUGGCUAACGCUGCACCAAUUGUUCAGGCCUCCGAAGAUGCAUCCACGCUGCCCCCCACGGCUUGGAUUCACCAUGUUCGAGGGGCCGCAUCCAUUCUUUCCACUGUCUGGCCUCUUCCACCACACUCUCGAUUCUACCGAUUGAUCGGACAGGAACUUAUCGACUUAGGAUCCCACAUCAUGAACACCCGUACUGCCCACAAGUUUGUGCACGGUGGUCUGAAGUGUUUCGACGACGAUCUGGCUGAUUUAUACCCCGUGGACCCCAGCUCUGUAUACUUCCCUACUUUGGCCUUUAUCGAUCUUCUGUUUCACCAGCGGUACCGAGCGGAUUUUAUUUUGCGAGUUUUUGCCUUCCCCGCACUGCUAGAUAACCAGAUCAUUGCCCUGCUGUUCCAGGGUGAUGAGAUGGCCCGAAGAAUCAUUCGUGUCUACUACAAGCUCAUGAAGAGUUACACGUCGGAAAUGAAGGAGACUGUGUGGUUCCUGGAAGGUGUCAGUCGAAUUCUGCCGGCAGACAUGGAGGCUCUUGGUCCUGUUGGUCUUUCGUGGAUCGGUGUGGACCCCGAGUCUGCUCGAAUGAUGCUGGAAAAUCUCCAACGAAAGAAGGAAGCAAUGGAGGCCAACUCCGCGGGCUCUAGCACGGCUGCAUCUCCUCAGAUGGGAAAUGCUUCUACGCCUGGUGCACCUCAGACUCCUGGCUCGCCAUCCAAACUGGAGGGAAUGGCUUCCAUGGCUAAUCUGUUGGGUGCAGGGGCUGCAGGUGGAGUGUCUUCGUUAGCCAACCUCGCUGAGAUGGCCAACAUGAACCUGCCGGCUGAAAUCUCCAACUUCCUGAACAAUCCCCGCAUGUCGGGAGGUGGAGCUGGGGGCGACAUUGCGUCGUUAUUGUCCAACCCUCGCAAUCUUCAUCUCUUUAAUGAGGGCCAACAAGGCCAGAUCCAGCAGAUGCAUGAACUUUUGGGCAAUCUCCAGGGUCUACAGAACAUUCCUGGACUCCAAAACCUCAAUCUGCAAAAUCUCGCCAGCAGCAUGCCCCAGAUUCAGUCCCUCAUGUCUCUGAUUCCCGGUGGAAUUGGAGGCUUGGCUGGUAUUAUGGGCGGCCUUGGAGGAGGUCAACCAUCGCCAUCUGACGGCCAGCAGCAACCACAAUCCUCACAGCAACAACCAUCACAGCAACAAUCCGGUCCUUCUUCGGUCAACCCCAGUCAUCCCCCCUCUCCUAACAGCGGUCUGUAA